GAUCUUGUGGAGCAGUAAGCACUUCUUGCUGUGGACCCCAAGGAUACGGUUGACAUACUAGACUUAGCUAACACACAGGAACAAGUGAUCUUCAGGGGCUGUGAAAAGGCUUUUAGAUUAACAUUCUCCUGUAGAGCAAACGGUUUUCAAGUGCGGUACUGUGUCAAAGAAGAAAAAAAGGGGAUUUGGACUUUCAACGGAAGCAAGCGACUUGUGAAUAAUUUCAACGAACGGAAGCUAGAAGAAAGCGUGUCAGGAGAAUUUGAAUCCGGUUCCGCACUUUUCCAUAUGCAUUAUCACAUAAGUGUUGAAAAGUGAAGGAUUGCAUACAAUUUCAACGAGCCAGUAGUGCUCCGGUGCUAUUGUUUGUCCUGUUUCCUAUUCAAAUACUUACAUUUUUACUCCAAACAAAAGGUCAACGCAAGUACAUACAUCUCAGACCCACUUAGAAUAUCUUCUUGGCGGUCCCAUUCUCCGACACAAGUGCUUGGAUAGUGCCGUAACAAUAGAACGGAAAAACGGAAAUCCCUGGGCGGCACGUCACCCAGUGAAUGAAUUUAUGACGCAGAGGGUCUAUGAAUAAAUUUGUAAGUCCGCUAGAUUUGUCGUUAUCGGGAGCCGCCUGGGUAUCCGUGGUGCAACUGGUUGCAAAGUGUGAAGCCGUCGGUCUGCGAAACCGCUCCACGUGGACAGUGAACGUGUAGGUGUUCAACAGAAAAAAAAGUUCAAAGAAAUAGUGCAGCAAAAGCGGGCGGAGCAGUAAUAAAUUUCUCACCAAAAAAACCCCAAGUGCAUCGUGAUAAACCUCUGACGAAUUUAGUAAUCUACUACGAGAGCAAUGGAGAUCACAAAAAUGUCCGCCUGCAGAUGGUUGUUCUUGGUGGUGCUGUGCUCGGUCCUGCUAUGCUGUCACACAUCCAACGCUGGUCCGGCUCACCAGUUGGCCAGUUUGGCGGCGCGGGCCUCGAAGAUUCCCCGUUCGAUACGGGCGCCGUUUAGGAACUCGGAAAUGAUGACGGCCAGAGGGUUUGGGAAACGUCGCGCCCCGAUCGGAAUCAACGUCGGCGGGAGCAGCGGCGGCAGCAGUGGCAGCGCCGGCGUCAAACACAUGAUUGAAGAAGCGGCACCUUGGGGCUACGAUAAACGUGAGGCGGGAAAACUUAUCGAAGAGCUCGCCGCCGACAAUGCAGAUCCGGUGCAGCAGAUAAUUGGUGAACAGGAAAGCUUCCCCUUGGACUGGUUCGUCAGCGAAAUGUCUUCAAAUCCUGCCCUGGCGAGGACAAUCCUGCAACGUUUCGUGGACAGCAACAGAGACGGACUGGUAACAACGAAUGAGUUGCUCAGCUCCCCGUCCAGUGCUGGUGAUAGCAACGACCUGUUCUAAGACUAUCCAUUACCAUUCCAAACAAAUUGCAAUCCUUUAAGCAGCCACCCUCCAAUCCCACCGAUGAUGUAUUUUAAACAGAUUCUCACACAAUCGAAUCGAAUCAAAAUUACCCGAAAACUCUUUCGACAUCGCUUAGUACUUGUUAAGCGUUGAACGAUGAAACCAGAGAGGAAGUCUUGUAAAUUACAGAUAUAAACGUAAAUGUUAGCUCUUCUCUUUAAAGAUUGGUUCUUCAAUUGCGGAGGUUGUUACUCCGCGAUACGUUAGGCACUGUAGCAUUAGAAACAGAAAUAAAAACUGUUGAUUUGUGAUGUUGCUUAGUUUAUAUGUAGCAAUAUGAUGUAUUGAUUUAGUUUAUGAGUUGCGGUUCAUACCAGAAUGGCAUGGGAAGAAUGCUGAAUACGACUGAUAGGUCCAAAGAGACGGAAAUCUUGAAAUAAUCAACGAAGGCUGGAAGUUGUGUUAUUUUUGGGGUUCCGUACGAGCAUGAAGCAAAAUGGUGUUUUAGACAGUCAGCUACACGCAAAAAAGAUGACAUUAUUUAAUAGGCACGUUAAAAUGGAACAUCAUUAGUUCUGGAUAAUUGUGAAAAAUGAGAGAAAGCUACCUUACUAACGAAAAGAUAUCAAACCAAAGCACUGUAUUAUACAUAAUUAAACUGCAGAGAAGUUAUAUUGUGCAAGGAAAACUUACAAAAUGCAAUAGAAAAAUAAAACUUGAAAACUAG